AUGAAGAGUUGUGAAUCUCCGGCACAGGCACCAGCACUGCCACAGCCACAGGCACCGACACCGCCACUGCCACAGCCACAGGCACCGACACUGCCACAGCCACAGCCACAGGCACCGACACUGCCACCGGCACUGCCACCGCCACAAGUAACGGCACUGGGUCCAUCACCAGCAGGUCCAACCAAUGUCAUCAAAAUUUUAGAGAAGGCCGGGGGAUAUAGUGUAUUUAUCAAACUACUGAAGAGUACCCAAAUAGAUUCUCGAAUCUACUCACAGCUCAACAAUUCAAACAUGGGGCUAACCAUUUUUGCACCAGCUGAUAGUGCAUUUUCUAGCCUCAAAUCAGGCACACUGAACACAUUUACGGCUGGACAGCAAUCACAGUUGAUACAGUUCCAUAUCAUUCCUUCUUAUAUCUCUCUUUCGCAGUUCCAAACGUUAAGCAACCCGUUAACUACUCAGGCUGGUGGUAGCAACGAGAAUCAGUUUCCGCUAAAUAUCACCACAUCAGGGAGUAGUGUGAACAUUUCAACUGGGAUUGUCAAUGCAACAGUGAACGGCAUUGUAUAUACCGAUGGCCAGCUAGCCGUAUAUCAGGUUGACAAAGUACUCCUUCCGAUGUAUUUUUACGUGACUCCUGCACCAGCUCCGGCACCAUCGAAGCCUAAGAAGGAAGCUCCAGAUACUUCUUCCACAGGGUCUUCUGUUGCUUCUGUUAGUACUUCUGGUGCGGUUCAGCAGGCAUUGGACGCAAUAUUCUUUCUUGUUGCUGUUUCUUCUGCAUUGUCUUUAUACCUAUGAUUUAAGUGUUUGUUGAUAAUAAUGGGAUUGUGAAUCCCAAAGCCUGUAUGAUUUUAUUUUAUUUUUUGAGUGACAAAGCCUGUAUGAUUUUUUUUUUCUUGAGUGACAAAGCCUG